UCAUACUUGCAUGUCAUAAGGAGCACUGACCAACCCUCAAAAGCUCAAAUAUAAACCCCAUUUGAAUGAUGUCAAGGUUGACAGAAGCAAGUCCAUGAGAAUCUAGCUACUAGCCAAACUGCUAAACUGUGAGAGCAAUUUCCAUCUAGCAGUUGAUCUCAAUUUAUCAUGAGCUCUUGUCAUAUUUGCCUCCUCUACUUGAUGAUGAUGAUGCUCAUCAUUACAGGUUGCAGUCUUGGAAUAAAAACAGGUGGUUCAGAUAAGUUUUUGCAAUCAUGUGAUGGAAGUAAUAACCAAUCAACAACACUAACCACCAUAAGACAACAGUCAUACUCAAGCCACAGAAAGCUUUCGGUACAUGGUACUUGCACAAACAGAGAUAUAAGCAUCUCACAAAGUAGAGAUACUACUUCUGGGAUCCCACAGUACAUAGUGCAGAUUGUCAACACUUGCGUUUAUGGUUGUGCUCCUUCAAAUAUCCAUCUCCAUUGUGGCUGGUUUGCCUCUGCAAGAAUGGUUAACCCAAGAACCUUCAAAAGGCUCUCUUAUGAUGAUUGCUUGGUAAAUGGAGGGAAAGCUUUGAAGACUAGUCAGACUGUCAGAUUCACAUACUCAAACUCCUUCAUGUACGCACUCCAAUUCAAGUCUGCCAAGUUCUGCUGACUUGCCUAAAAACAAGGUCUUAUCAUAGAGAGAUAAGAGAGAAUCGGACCAUGUACAACUAAAUCCCAGUAAAGAAAAACCCUAACACCCUGUCCCUGUUGGUCGAAAAAAAAACAUCAUUCCCUAGCAUCGUUGAAAAUGAAAUAUCAACAGUCUCAGCUUUGAGCUUUCUCAUCACAGCCUAGAGCCUACAAUCCAUAGAUGCUGAACCAUAAGCUCCCCCUUUUGAAACUUUAAACCGGCCCGUUGUUCGUUGAGUUUUCACAGAUAUUUUGUUUUGAUAUUUGAAGGUGAAAGUAUUAUUUUAUUAUCUCCAGAGACGUUAAUAUUUCAUCAUUCUGAAACUAGACUUUUUCGAGUCUAAAAGCUAA